UCCAGGUGAGGUAUAUAAGAGCUGGCCAAAAAUUUAAAAUAUAUCAUUUACACUUGGAUUCGCCAAGAGUUGACCUUCGACAGAAAACAACCCGAAAACAAAGCUGAAGAAAAACACAGAGGAAACUUCGUUGGAAAAAGACCUGUUGCUGAACACCAUGGCUUUUUUUGGACACCCAGUGAACGGAUACGAACCUGAGGACCCCUCAUCUUCUGGCCCAGCAGGACCCAGCAGCAGUGGUACCUCUCUGGAGGAAGUUGUGGCUCCCUCAACUUCUGGCCCCAGCUCCCCUACGAAGAGACGCCGGGAGGAAAGCGAGGAGGAGGAGGAGGAGGAGGAGGAGGAGGAGGCUCCUGCAAAGAGGCUGAGGGGGUGUGAUGGGAGCAACUCAUACUAACAGGUAUCAGCUCCUCCACAUUGUUGCACAGAGGUCAACAUUUCUUUCUCCUGAGGUCUGACCUUUGCGUCUGGCGGGCAGACUCAGGUAGGUAGCCUUUGCGUCUGGCAGGGCUUUUGACCUGUGCAUGUAUAUAAACUUUGUAUUUGGUAGAACCCAAGUAGCGUCUUGCACUGGGCCUGUUUAAUAUUUUAAGCUGUACAUAGUAGCACAGUGAUUAGUCUCUCCUGAGGUCUGACCUUUGCGUCUGGCGGGGCAGACUCAGGUAGGUAGCCCUUGCGUCUGGCGGGGCUGUCGACUCCCUGUGAAUGUAUAUAUACUUUGCAUUUGGUAGGACCCAAGUAGCGUCUUGCACUGGGGCUGUUUAAGUGAGUUAUCUGUACAUAGUAGGACAGUGGUUAGUCUGACGUUUCUCUCUCCUGAGGUCUGACCUUUGCGUCUGGCGGGGCAGAUUCAGGUAGUUAGCCUUUGCGUCUGGCGGGGCUGUCAGCAACCCAUGCAUGUAUCUUAAAUCUGUUAGGACCCAAGUAGCGUCUUGCACUGGGGCUGUUUAAGUGUGUUAAUCUGUACAUAGUAGCACAGUGGUUAGUCUGACGUUUCUCCUGAGGUCUGACCUUUGCGUCUGGCGGGGCAGACUCAGGUAGCCUUUGCGUCUGGCGGGGCUGUCAGCAACCUGUGCAUGUAUCCUUUGCAUCUGGUAGGACCCAAGUAGCGUCUUGCACUGGGACCUGUUUUAUUUUUUUAAUCUGCAUGUUGUAGCACAGUGGAUAGUCCGACGUUUCUUUCUCCUGAGGUUUGGCCUUUGCGUCUGGCGGGGCUGUCGACUCCCUGUGCUUUUUUUGUCGCGUGUGUUUUUGUUGUCUUGUUCUUCCGCAGCCUUCCUCAUCUCAGCGCUGGAGACCUGUACCGGUUGGUCUGCAUCUGCCGCACAGUCUGGCUCCAACCGGAGGAAACGCCUGGUUGUCGGCAGUUAUUGUCCAGAUCGACGCCAGAGUACAGAGGCGACUGGGAGUGAGAGAAGAAAAGGAGAGGAGAGGACAAACUGCACAAACUAAAGAAACAAAACAUUUUCCUUUCAACACAAGAACACAGAUAUAUGCGUCACACCACAGCAGCGGAGUUCAUCUCAUCUGGACAAAAAAAGUAAGCAUCUGACUUAAAAUAAUUUAGACUAAUGCUUAUAAUAUUAUUCAUUCCAUAACUAAAAGAUGACUUGAUUUACUAAUCAUUUUUUCCUUUUCCUCCAUGGGGACGAAGAAGGUAAGAACAAUGUAUCCUCCACCUGUUAAUUCUUCUAAUAUCACUUAGAAUGAUUUUCUGUGUUUCACUAACUGUUAAAUAUCUUUUCCUUCUCUCACUCCACCGCCUGGAGAGGAGCUGUUCACUGAGGACAAAAAACGUGAGUAUGAGCCUCUGACUUUGACUUUAUGUUAAAAUAUAUUUUAAAAAGUGAAUAUGAAUGUAUGAUAUUAGCACAGUUUUACUGAUUAUUUAUGUCUGUU